AAAAAAAGCUACUACUAUAAUUUUUUUCCAAAGUUAUAUUCUUGCCUCCUUGACUCUGACUCCUGAGUCGUUGAUCACCAAAGAAAUGCUAAGAUAAGAGUAUGCAACAUAAAACAUUCCAAUCCACUCAAUGAACAAUCUAAUUUCUCCACUCAAACAAUCUCAUUUUCUCUUCAAAUUCCCAUCAACUCAAUUAAAAAUCAAAAAACCCAAUUUUAUUUUACAUUAUAAAUGCUUCUUAUACCCUAAGAUCGCCAUUGCCAGCUCAUUCAGAGCUUCUCGUACUCUAACUUCAGCAGCUUCAUACAAUGGCUGGGAUGAUUCAAGAAUCUGGGUUGACUCAGAUGAUUUGGGUGAGUCCAAUAUUUUAAAAAGAUUUCUAAUUACUUUAGGAAUUAAUGAUAAGAAGUAUGCUGUUACAUGUCUAUUAGGUUUUGUUUGUGCUUUAGCAAUUUCUAGGGUUAGGGUUUCAUCAAUCACUGUUUUCCCUGCUUUUGCUAUUGUUUUUGCUGCUGGGUAUUGGUUUGGGUUUGUUAAAAAAAGACCUCAUAAAGAUUUGAGCUCAAAUGGGACUUAUGGGAGUAAGAAAAGGGUAAAAGAUGAUUCUUAUAGGGUUUAUGCUCGAAAAUUAAAGGAAUUAGUGAAAAUUUUUGAUGGGUUUGAUGUUAAAAUUAAUGAUUUGAAGAAUGAUAUUAAGAAUGCAAUUGAAUAUGAAAGGAUUGAUUUGGGUGAUUUGGAGAGUUAUGUGAAUGAUGUUGAGACAUUUGGUGGGUUGAUCUUGAAUGCCAGGAAUCUGGUUGACGAUUGUGUUCAUAGUACAUUGGUUGAGGUACAGGAAAUGAGAAAAAAGCCAAAUCAGAACAAUAUGAAAAAGAAAGAAAAUGGUGAUAAAGGGUUUGACUUGUUCGGAUUUAUGGGACAAUCUGUCGAGGAUAAUCGAGCUGAAUCGAAGUCUAGUAGUACAAACUUUACUAGGAAGAAUAUUUUGUCCAAGGAUGGUGUUGAUCAAAACCGAGCUGCAGAGGCAGCAUUGGAACCGGUAGUAGCUGAGGAUGCCGGGAUUCCAUAUAGGGAAACGGUGAGUGAUAGUAGUAGAAAGAACAAUACAUAUGGUACAAAAAAUGAAACUAAGAGGAUUUUGUCUAGAGGGGAAACUAAUAGAAUGGAAACAUACAUGAAUAAUACUAAAAGCUUUGUUUAUAAUGAUGAGUUUAAUUACCAAAAUGUAAGAUUUUCGAGUGAUAGAAGAUUCAGUUUCAAUAUGCCAUCUCACAAGGAAAUUCGAAAUUGGGUAGUUGAUGAUGGUAUGAGGUGCAAUCCGGAUUUUGAUACCUCCAUGGAAUAUCUUAUAGGGGAGGAAACUUUGAAGAAUCAACGUAUGUUUGAAAGCUCGAGUGAAGCUUACAAGUGCUAUGAAGAACAGGAAAGUGUUGACCAAGGAAGUUUCGGAGCAAGUAUUACUGAAGAGAGGAUGAUUGUAGAAGAUGAACUUUAUUCUAGAAAAAACCAAUCUGAAAUAGAGAAUGACUUAGGUUCCUUAUCUUCAUUGACAAUUUCGAAAGAUUUGUUAUUUGAUAGGUACCUUAGAAAAGCCAAUGAGCUUCUGAAACAAGCGAAAGACUGUUUGAAGGCUAGAAAUAAUGAAACCUAUGCAGAGGAAAGGCUUCGUGAGUCUGCUGAGUUGCUCGGUCGAGCAAUUGCUAUAAAACCUUUGAGUCUCUUGGCUAUAGGACAGUUGGGAAAUACUUACCUUCUUCAUGGGGAGUUAAAACUGAAGAUUGGUAGAGAAUUAAGAAGUCUUCUUUAUGAAACCGCUGAUUUUGGAGUAGAAAGGAGUAAUUUACUCUUUCUAGAGGACACAAAUCCAAGCAAAGAUGGAUUCCAGAAUCGUCUAAGUAGUGUAUGUGAAGAGUGUGAAGCACUUCUUGUAGAAGCAGGAAGGCAAUAUAGGAUGGCUCUAUCAAUUGAUAGAAAUGAUGUACGAGCCUUGUAUAAUUGGGGCCUUGCCCUUUCCUUCCGCGCACAACUGAUUGCUGAUAUCGGUCCGGAUGCAGCUUGUGAUGCUGACAAGUUAUUCUUAGCUGCAAUUGAUAAAUUUAGUGCUAUGAUGUCGAAAAGCAAUUACUAUGCACCAGAAGCAUUGUUCAGAUGGGGUAUGGCCUUGCAGCAAAGAUCUCGCUUGAGACCAAGCAACGACAGAGAUAAGGUGAAAUUGUUACAACAAGCUAAGAGGCUUUACGAGGAUGCUGUCAAAAUGGGCUCCAACAACCUCCAAGUAAGAAAAGCAUUAUCUUCAUGCAUAUCUGAGCUCGCCUUUCCUGACUUAUAAAUCUUCAUUCAAAACAACACAAGCAAAUAGUUAAAUUUCCUUUUAUGACAUUCCCAUCCACCAUUCUUCUUCCUUGAUCUUCAAACUCCGCUAUCAUUAUUUGUCAAGUUCUCCAUUUGAACGUGGUACAUAGGGGCAGAUUGAGGAUACUAGUAUAACGUGAGCCGAACAGUCACCUUUGUAUGUUUGCUGAACCAACUCGAGUACCAUUCUUUUGUGUUGUAAAUUACACAAUUAAACAUUAAUAUGUUUUUAAUCAAAUGCCUUGGGCCAAUGGGCCAUGGCCUAGGCAGACCCGAGCGUAGGUCCCCUUUAGUGAUAUGAAGCUAGAUUCGCUUGAACAGAGCGUCAUAGGGGAUCAACUAUAGUGUAUAGAAUAAGAACAUACUUCGUGUACCGUAACUGCAAUACAAACCAAGUGCUUAUUUAUGCUCGAUGGUAGUGACAUAACACGGUUUACUUCGAUGCAGAAAGAAUUUUCGGGUUAACUAGCUUAUUUUCAUUGUAAUACUGUCAUAUACUGUAUCUAUUACAGAAAACAAUGAGCAAAGAUUUUGCCUCCAUGUUUUAAGUUUGAUAUUACUACAUUUUGUAAUAAGGUGAACCAUACAUUUACAAUGUCUAAUGUUUAUUUUCACAUUGUAGAUUAUGCAAUUCAAUCACUCUUUUUCUUUCA